GUCCUGACGCUCUGCCGUCGCCUCACCACCUCCACCUCUGCCUGGCUGCUUCCGGUCCCCCUGGAGUUCGGAGCCAGAUAAAACUGAUCAACACUUUGAAACAAACAGCUCCCAACCAAAGGGAUCAUUUGACACUUACAUAUAUAAACUUUAGGACUUCUAAAGACGAUGGUGAAAGAAAAGAAAAGAGCAGACAAAAAGGGGGAGAAGUUUGCCCGCUCUCCCUCCUCUGAUAAUCCAGACUUUUCCAAACAAGAUGGCAAUGCCACUAGACAAGAAAUGUCCCCUGGUGCUGCCCCACCAUUGGACAUACAUCUCAGUGAAUUGGGGCCCAAAAAAGAGUCCAAAAAUGAGGACCAGCUAAAUGAAGAUGCCACUCAAUACGAAGAGCCCAUUCUCACCAAGCUCAUAGUUGAAAGCUAUGAAGGGGAAAAAGUCCGUGGACUGUAUGAGGGAGAAGGCUUUGCAGUCUUUCAAGGAGGCUGUACCUACCACGGGAUGUUUUCAGAAGGACUCAUGCAUGGACAAGGGACUUAUGUUUGGGCCGAUGGACUGAAAUACGAGGGGGAGUUUGUGAAGAACAUCCCCAUGAACCAUGGCAUGUACACGUGGCCGGAUGGCAGCACCUAUGAAGGAGAAGUGAUCCACGGCGUGAGGCAGGGAUGUGGUAUGUUCAAAUGUGGCACGCACCCCGUGUCCUACAUUGGCCACUGGUGUCACGGCAAGAGACACGGGAAGGGCUCUGUUUAUUACAAUCAAGAGGGUACCUCUUGGUACGAGGGGGACUGGGUGUACAACAUCAAAAGCGGCUGGGGAAUCAGAUGUUACAAGUCUGGAAACAUAUAUGAAGGGCAGUGGGAAAACAACAUGCGCCACGGGGAAGGCAGGAUGAGGUGGCUGACGGCGAAUGAAGAGUACACGGGCCAGUGGGAGAAGGGCAUCCAGAAUGGCUUUGGAACACAUACAUGGUUUCUAAAGAGAAUCCCCAACUCCCAGUACCCUUUACGAAAUGAAUACAUAGGAGAGUUUGUAAAUGGAGAGCGUCAUGGCCAUGGGAAGUUUUACUAUGCCAGUGGCGCCAUGUAUGAGGGAGAAUGGGUCUCCAAUAAAAAACAUGGCAUGGGCCGAUUAACGUUCAAGAACGGACGUGUGUAUGAUGGCGCAUUUUCCAACGACCACUUAGUGGAAUUUCCAAAUCUUGAAGUUGAGUUCUUAAGUCACCUGGACCUGUCUACAGAAUCUUCCUUCAGGAACUGGUGCUACAGAACCUCCGUCAGUGCCGCGAUUCCCAGAAAGCUUGAUGACAGUGAAAGUACUUCUGUGUUAGGGUCGGGCAUUGAGCUGAAUCUAAGUUUUUUGCUGAAUAUGUAUCCCGAGAAAGAUCAAGCAGAGGAAAAAAAGCAGGUGGAAUAUGCUGUCUUAAGAAAUAUUACAGAAUUAAGACGAAUCUAUAGCUUCUACAGCAGCCUAGGAUGUGACCGCUCCCUGGAUAACACCUUUCUGAUGACAAAGCUUCACUUCUGGAGGUUUCUAAAAGAUUGCAAAUUUCAUCACCAUAAUAUAACUCUUGCUGAUAUGGACAGGGUGUUAAGUGCCAAUAAUGACAUUCCGGUUGAAGAAAUUCAUUCUCCAUUUACGACAAUACUUUUGAGAACAUUUCUGAAUUAUCUUCUGCAGUUGGCUUACCACAUCCAUCACAAAGAGUUCCAAAACAGAAGCCCAUCGCUCUUUCUGUGUUUUACCAAACUGAUGACCGAGAACAUUCACCCAAAUGCUGGCCGUGUAAAGGGUAAUUUAUUCAGUGGGCAACAGCAGACACUCUAUUCCAUGAGUUACAUCGACAAGAGCUGGGAGAUUUAUACAGUUUACUGCAGACCGCGUGCCGCUCCUCCCCACGAGCUGUCCAUGAAGAUGCGACACUUCCUCUGGAUGUUGAAAGACUUUAAAAUGAUAAAUAAGGAAUUAACACCAACCAAAUUUGUGGAAGUCAUCGCAGAGGAUAAUCCUUUCAUGCAUGAUGGCAUCGACAGCAACUUUGAACUUGAGCUGGUCUUCCUGGAAUUCUUUGAAGCUCUCUUAAGCUUCACACUCAUCUCUGUUACUGACCAAAUGACUAAAUCCUAUUUAAAUUUUCUAAAUGAUGACUUGCCUGGAGACCAACACAGAAGCCCCGAUCAGAACACCCAGCGCAGGAGUUCGAGUAUAGGAACAAGCCAGGAAUCUGAUCUGCAGGACGGCAGCACCAAGUCCUCUUCAAGCAAGCUAGGACCCAUGCUUGAUCUUAGCAAAACGAGGAGAUCAGAGCACAAGAUCAGGAUGUCUCUGAGUGAUGAAAGAAUUUCCAAAUUGAAUUUUAAAUCUCCAGGAAAAGGACUCACCUUUUUUUUAUCUCAAAAUGACAGAAAAGAGAAAUCCAAGGAUGAACAAAAGGAAAAACUCACCGUGUGGGUCACAAGUAUGUAUAUCUUUUUUGUGAACAUGCUCUUCCACGCACACAAACGAGAAGAAGCCCUCAAGGAGAAAGUCAAGCAAGACAGGCUGCACGACGCAGCCGUGGCCCAGCGGCAGAGGCUGGAGAACGAAGAGCUGGAAGCCAGGCUCAACAGCUUAAGAGAGGAAGAGACCAGAAGACAAGACGACGAGGUGGACAUCACUGUGAUCAAGGAGCCGGGGGAAGCCCUCUCCUCCAGUUGCACAACAAGCCCCACUAAAGAGGACCCCAUGGUGCCUCAAUCCAGCAAGCCUGUCACCAGCAAGAAGAAGAAGAAGUAACAGUUACCGGGGUUUUAAACGAACCCCAAGCAGAUGUAAAAGCUCAGAAUCGAAGCUCUAACACAUUUCCUGACCAAUAAAAUUGUGUUUUACCUCA